AUGUCGGUCUCGCAAUGCACCGAGGCUGUUGUUCCUGAUGGCUCGGAUUCUGAGGUUAUCGCACUUUGUGGCGGCCCAAGCUGCAAUAUACCAGUAACUGACGAUUCCGGCGGUAUGCAAUGCGAUGUCUGCAACCGAUGGUACCAUCAGCUUUGUACGGAGCUAAAUACCGAGCAGUACGCAGCGCUGGCCUCUAGCGAAAAGUUGCUUUUCAGUUGUGCCAAUUGCUGCAGCCGCCGGCAAGGCCGCACAGCCUUUCGUACGAGAGACGAAUCUCUUGAUACCCGGCUGCGAAAUGUAGAGCGUUCGUUCUCGAUGCUCUCUGAUCUUCGCUUUAAGAUUGAUCUGCUUAUGACGACGCUUCCGGUCUCCAACAAAGCAGAUUUGAUCGCUUACACUGAUGAUCAACUUGUGGCACCUAUCAUUAUGUCACCGGUCCAGAUGGCUACCGACCACCAAAAUGAAGCAGCUUCGGACGUCGUAUCUAAACCUACCCUGAUCGACGCCGAAUUGCUGGUUCAAGGGUCACUUCGAGUUAAGCGAAGAAGAGCCAGGAAACCUCGUAAGCUCUCUGCUAAACAAGAAGUUGUUGUCUCGGCACCGGAAACAAGCCAAGUGUCGUUACUUGGCAAACCGUCUGACGGUUGUGCGAAGGCGAAGAUCCCAACACGCACUACUUGUCAGCCGAAGUUGCCGGAAAUCUUGGUUCUCACCGAGAAGACAUAUUCUGAAGGUUUGCUUGAUUCUGCUCAAAGCGAAAAAGCCUCACGGGACCCUGCUCCUGUUAUCAAGAAGAAAAAGCAGACAAAAUCUGCUAUAAAGCCUUCCGGUGAAAUCGAUGACCCUAACAAAAGUAAGACAUCGAC